AUGCCGAGUGCCAGCGACCUGGAGCGGUUCCUGGCCGCCUUCUGCUCCCAGCGGGACGCCCUGGCCGCGGCGGCGCGGAAGCUGCUCUCCGACGAGCAGGCCCCCGGCAGGCAGAAGCUGCUGGCGGACCUCAUCCGCAACCUGAGCGAGAACGCCCUGGCCGAGGAGAAGGAGGACGACAAGAAGUGGUUUGAAGGUCUAGAGUCUCGUUUUAAGAACAAAUCAAGCUACAUGCGAUACAGUUGUGAAAGCAGAAUACGAAGCUACAUGAAAGAGGUUAGUGGUUUUACUUCAAAUGUUCAUCCUACAGCAAGAGAUGAGUAUAAAAGGAUAAUUGACCUGAUGUCAGAUAAACUGAAAUCUGUGAAAUACAACGGAUGCUACUUUGACAGAAGAGAGGAGGAGGCAGUCCGCCUCUGCACUGCGGAGGGAUGGUUCUCUUGUCAGGGGCCUUUCGACAGAGAUGACUGCCCGUGUAAGCAUUCGAUCAACCCCUACAGUAACAGGGAAAGCAGAAUCCUCUUCAGUACCUGGAAUCUCGAUCACAUAAUAGAGAAGAAACGUGCUGUCGUCCCAGAACUGGCAGAAGCUGUCAAAACACGAGAUGGAAGAGAAGUGAACUGGGAAUACUUCUAUCAGCUGCUGUUUACCGUGGAUAAUUUAAAACUUGUACAUAUUGCUUGCCAUAAGAAAACCAAUCAUAAUCUCAGCUGUGACAAAACUAAAAUUUACAGAAAAAGGAAGCAAAACCAUAAGAUUUCAUAGUGCUCUCUCUGGAAGUGACUUCUGCUUUUUUCAAAAUCAUGUCAUGUGGUAUCAUUUUUAAAUCGCUCUAGUUUCUUAAACAAAAACUUAUUUAGGAGUCUCCGGC